AUGGCAGGAAUUAGAGAAAUUAGGAGGAAUUGGGCCCCGGGCGAAGCGCCGUCCCCACGGGGGCGGAAUUUUGGGGAUUUUGGGGUUUUGGAGGGCAGGAACCCCGAGGAGGGGCAGCCGGAGCCGCCCAAGGCCCCGCCGGGCUCGGCCCCGCUGCCCUACGGCUGCUUCGGGGGCGGGGGGUUCUACCCGUGCCGGGCGGGCCGGGGCUCGCUCAAAGCCGGCCCGAGCCCCCCGGGGCCCUUCGCGGGCACCGCCGAGAAAUUCCUGGAGGCGCCCGCGGGCGCCGAGGAGUUCCCGAGCCGCCCGGGCGAGUUCGCCUUUUACCCGGGCUACGGCGCGCCCUACCCGCCCGUGCCCGGCUACCUGGACGUGCCCGUGGUGCCCGCGCUGGGCGAGGCGCGGCCCGAGGCGCUGCUGGGCCCGGACGGGGCCUUCGGGGGGUGCCCCCAGCCCUGGGGGGCGCUGGGCGCGGGCUGGGCCGGCCAGAGGUGCUGCCCCAAGGAGCAGGGCCCGGCCGCCUUCCUGCUCAAGCCGCACUUCGCAGGGUUGAACCCGGCCGGGCUCCUGCUCAAGCCGCACUUCGCAGAGGGCUCCGCGCCGUGCCCGGCCGAGGGCUGCUCGCUGUCGCUGUCGCUGCGGCGGGCUCGCAGGAAGCGCGUUCCGUACAGCAAGGGGCAGCUGCGGGAGCUGGAGCAGGAGUUCGCCCGCGGCCGCUUCAUCACCCGCGAGCGGCGCCGCAAGAUCGCGGCGGCCACGCGGCUGAGCGAGCGCCAGAUCACCAUCUGGUUCCAGAACCGCCGCGUCAAGGACAAGAAGGUGCUGGCCAAGGGCAAGGCGGCCGCCAGCGCCGCGCCCUGA